UUCUCCUCGCGAGAGAAUUCGUUCUCAUGCUCGCUGCAGGGGUCGGAGGUCAGAGCGAGCGUCUCGCGGGCCGUAGGAGGAAGAUGGCGGUGGAGUCGCGCGUUACCCAGGAGGAAAUUAAGAAGGAGCCGGAGAAACCGAUCGAUCGGGAGAAAACGUGCCCGCUGUUGCUGCGUGUUUUCACCACCAAUAACGGCCGCCACCACCGAAUGGACGAGUUUUCCCGCGGAAACGUACCGUCCAGCGAGCUACAGAUCUACACUUGCACAAGAAGGGUGCAUGCAGACUAUCUGGGCAUCAGCUACAGGGUAAAGGAGAUUGGCAGCACCAUGUCUGGGAGGAAGGGGACUGAUGACUCCAUGACCCUGCAGUCGCAGAAGUUCCAAAUAGGAGACUAUCUGGACAUAGCAAUCACACCUCCAAAUCGGGCACCACCUCCUUCAGGGCGCAUGAGACCAUACUAAAUUUUAUUUACUAUUUCUUGAAUUAUUUUUCAUUCAGUUAUGUAAAAUAAAUUCUUUUUCUUCCCCUCAUCAUUGCCAUUAAGCCUUCAAAGUCUAAAAUUGUAAUGCGUCUAUCUAGGAAUUAGAUUUGGCUGUGUUAUGGUAUGGAUAUUAAUAGAAAUUCCAUAUGUUUCUGGUCCUUCUGUAAAAUACGAAGAAAAGUGCUCUUAGCAUUCUUUGUAAAAUUGUAUUGUUAAAUACACGUGUGCAAUCAA